AUGGCCUCCAGAGUGGUGGCGGUGGGCCAGCGACGGCCUCUACAGCUGGAGGACCUGAGCCCAGUGAGCGAGGAGGACUGUGGCCAGCAUGUCUGCUCCACUUUUGAGCAGCACUGGAGGAGGCAGCAGCAGCCCGCUGGCAAGGACGAGAGCGCUGGCGGGUCGGGGUCGGGGGCGGAGGAGCUGUUGUUGCCGGGGUCGGGGGCGGAGGAGCUGUUGUUGCCGGGCUCCGUGCGUCCGGGCUUCUCCCUCCUGCACGCCCUCUGGCUGACCUUCUCCUCGUCACUGCUGCAGGUGGGCCUCCUCCGCCUGCUCACAGACCUGCUGGAGCUGCUGGGGCCCCUGGCCCUCAGAUGGAUAAUCCUCUACAUGGAGAACCAGGCAGUGUACGACUGGCAGGGGCGCACGUACAUGCUGGUGCUCGUUGGCAUCGUCGUUUGCCAGUCUCUCGUUGAGCAUCUCCGUGAGAAGCACAGUGGGAUGACCGAGGCGAAGGUCCAAGUGGCACUGACGGCGAUGCUGUACAGAAAGGUUGCUGCCGCUGGUGGUGGUGGUGCCGCUGGUGUCGGUGAUGUGGGCACUCACCUGGCGCUGGACAUUAAGAGGGUGGCUGGCCUGGUGGUGACCCUGCCGCUGCUGCUGUCCUCCCCCCUGCGGGUGCUGCUGUGCCUGGGGCUGCUGUGGCGGGAGCUGGGCCCCGCCGCCCUGGUGGGGGCCACCACACUGCUGCUGAUCGUACCCCUCAACUCAGCACUGCAGCGCAGGGUCAGCCUGCUGAAGAGGAGUCAGAUCAAAGUCAGAGAGGAGAGGGAGGCACUGCUCAAGGAGAUGCUGGCACACAUCAAGAUGCUGAAGCAGUUGGCCUGGGAGGCCUGGUUCCAGUAUCGUGUGACCGCGGCACGAGAGAGGGAGCUGGAGACGCUAAGCACUCUGGGAUAUCUGAUGGCCUUCCUCAUGCUGAUCCGUGUGUGUGAGCCCUUCCUGGUGUGUCUGUCCAGCCUGGGGGCAUUUGUCCUGAUGCAUGAUGGGAAUGUUCUCACCGCAGCACAAGUCUUCACCUCCAUCUGGCUCUUCAGGCUGCUGCGCCCGCCGCUGCUCCACCUCCCCAACCUCUCGCCCAUCUUGACUCAGCUGACCCCUGUUCUAUACGAGCUGACCCCUGUUCUGUACGUGUGCCCCCCCCAGCUGACCCCUGUUCUGUACGUGUGCCCAGAGCUGACCCCUGUUCUGUACGAGCUGACCCCUGUUCUAUACCUGACCCCUGUUCUGUACGUGUGCCCCCCCCAGCUGACCCCUGUUCUGUACGUGUGCCCAGAGCUGACCCCUGUUCUGUACGAGCUGACCCCUGUUCUAUACGAGCUGACCCCUGUUCUGUACGAGCUGACCCCUGUUCUGUACGAGCUGACCCCUGUUCUAUACGAGCUGACCCCUUUGACCCCUGUUCUGUACGUGUGCCCAGAGCUGACCCCUGUUCUGUACGUGUGCCCAGAGCUGACCCCUGUUCUGUACGUGUGCCCAGAGCUGACCCCUGUUCUGUACGUGUGCCCAGAGCUGACCCCUGUUCUGUACGUGUGCCCCCCCAGCUGCAGCGCAGAUGACCACCUCAGUGGACUCAAAGUGGAGAUGGACCACUCAUCCACCGGCGGAUCUGGAGCGGACAUUCGGCGGUACCUCCAGGCCUUCGGCUGGGGCUGGGUCAUGCUGUCCCUGGUGGCCCACACGGGGCUGGUUCUGGUGUCUGUCGGGCAGGACGGACUGCUGAGCCUGUGGACCAGCGAUGCGAAGGAGGUGCAGGGUCUGGAGGGCUGGACGGAGCUGAGGGACUCGCGCCUCUCUCUGUACGCGGUGCUGGGCCUGCUGCAAGCCAUACUUGUGUGUGGGGCUGCUCAUUUCCUGACCCAGGGUUCUGUGCGGGCGGCGGGGGGGCUCCACAGCGAGCUGCUGUCUGACGUGCUGCAUCUUCCGCUCAGCUUCUUCCGGAACACUCCGCCAGAGAGGCUGCUGCAGUGCUUCACACGGGAUAUGUAUGUGAUCGAUGACCUGCUCCCUGAGCGUCUGCACGUCUGGGUGCACUCCCAGCUGGAGAUGUGCGCUGUUGUUCUUCUCAUCUCUGUCAUAACACCCGUCUUCAUCCUGGCGGCUGGCCCUCUUCUCAUCCUCCUGGUCAGGGUCCAGUCUCAGUACACGGUUGUUUUGAGACGCAUGGAGUGUUUGGACAUCGCUUCUCAUCUCGCCAUGACAACGCUGUUUCGAGAGAUGCCGCUGGACGAGAAUGGCGAUGGGGUCACCUCCGCAGACUUCAGCUGUCAGGAUCAGAGUGCCCACCAGCGGACGCUCCAUGACCACCUGGUGUGCCACUUCAACAGAAUCGUAAUGGCCAGUUGGCUGUCGUUGCGGUUAGACGCCAUUCUGUGGGUCCUGGUGUUCCUGGUCACCGUCAUCCUGAUGGACAGCUCCGACACCGUGGACUCUGGGAUUGUGGGCCUGGCGCUGUUCUACACACUGAGUAUGCGGGGAGUUUUUCACCAGAGUAGAAAGGCCUCUGCUGAUGUUCAUGACUGCAUGCUGUCUGUGAGAAAGAUGUCUGAAUAUUCGAAUCUGCAGAAAGAGGGCCCGUGGGUGCUGCCCUGCAGAGCGCCCCCUGCUGGCUGGCCACAGAGGGGAGAGAUCGAGUUCAGAAACGUCGAGACCAAAUGUCCAGACGGCCACCUGCCAGCGCUCAGGGGACUGACCUUCCACAUCCAGAGCGGAGAGAAGGUGGCCGUGCUGAGCCGGGAGGGGGCGGAGACGGAGGCGCUGGUGAGCUGCCUGCUGCGGACACUAGAGGGCGUUAGCGGGACGCUGCUGAUCGACGGAGUAGACGCGGCCUGUCUGGGCUUGCAGGAUCUGCGGCGCCGGAUUAACGUCAUCCCUCAGGUGCCCGUGCUCUUCUCAGGCUCGCUGCGCGCCAACCUGGACCCUGCCAGCAUGCUCCCCGAUGCCCAGGUGUGGCUGGCUCUGGAUCUGUGCCACCUGAAGGAGACCGUUCAGGUGCUUCCAGGACAGCUGCUGCACGCAGUACAGGAUGGCGCUGCCAGUCUCAGUCAGGGCCAGAAGAGGCUACUCUGCGUGGCCAGAGCGCUGCUGUGGGGCUCCAGUGUCCUGCUGGUGGAGGAGCCGCUGGUCUCCGUGGAGACCGAGACAGAAUGCCUGGUCCAGCAGGUCAUCCGCACAGAGUUCUCCGCCUGCACGGUCCUGACCUUGACCCAGAACCCGCACCUGACCUUGACCCCGAACUCGCACGCCGUCAUGGACGCUCACAGAGUGCUAGUGUUGGACACUGGCCGGGUGGUAGACUUUGACACACCCUCCAACGUGUGCCAGAGGAACGCAGCCUUGACUCCGAGAGCACAGGCUGAUUGGCUCAGAGGCCCCAGCAGCUGGAGGAGGAGCAGGUGACUGACCGCUGGUGACUGACCGCUGGGCUGCUGCUCCUACACACACACACACACACACACACACACCGCUGGGCUGCUGCUCCCGCUAACUGCAGCACGAGGUGUGCUCACAUUCACAAAGCAAAGACAUGUGGGAUCGUUUGUUAUUUUGCUUUUGUUGUGAACACUUGCCAAUGCCAACACUUGCAAAACGGUCCAAGGAUGUAGUUCAUUGGAUGAAGACUUACAGUUGAAAUUGGAAUGUUCACACAAAAAACGUUCAAAUUUAAAGUUUCAAUGAAAAAUGUUUGUCUCAUGUAAACGCACGUCAGCUCUGUUGAGGCUGGACUGGGAUGUCUGUGGCAUUCUCCCAGUCGGAAGAGGCCUUGAAUGCUCUUAGUUUAGAGCAAAGUACACUCAGCUUUUUGGCAGCUUUCACGUUAUAGCACAAGAACACAAUCACUGAUGAACUGAAAUGCCUUCUCUGCACUGUUUUUCUAGUUGAGAAACUGACAUGUGUACUGUACCUGAAUUCAUGCCAAGACGGUUGAAUACUUCCUCAUUUGACAUCUGUAGCAGUUCUAACCAGGCAGUAACAGCAAAGAUUGUUUAGUUACUCUGGUAACAGUAACAUGAAAGUCAGGUGCCAUGUAUAAUACACCAGUGCAAGGACAAGACUUUUAGUUUGAAAUCUCACUCUCAAAUGCUACAGAACUUUUGCAUUUUCUAAAGGUUUUCAGUUUUGUAUUAGCAAUAUUAUGGGAAGUGCUAAAGUAUUAUUCACUGUGUAAAAUGAUCUCUAGACUUCAAAUGUAAUACGUUACAAUGUGUAUAUAUAUACUGUGCCAUUCGUGUCUUUGUCUGUUUGUCUGUUUAUUACAACCUAUUUCUAACUGGUUUGAGCAUUAAAGCACAUUGUUCAAUAUUCCAGUAAAAAGAUCCUUGUGAUGUUAUUACGCCUGACGCUGUAGAGCUGGCUGUGCUUGUGGAGCCAGAAGGCUAUGAGCAGAAAGGGUUUGGGCCUAAGAGAUGGCUGGGCCUAAGGGGUCAGCCUCUCACUGCUUGCUUAGACCCCGAUGAUCGGCACCUGUAGGCGUAUUUGAAACUUAUCCUUUGGACAGUGUACACCAAAGCAAAUUUGAAUGCCAGUGCACUGAGCAAAUUUGUCUUUAUAAUAAAGUCUCAUUAAAUUAAGUCAAAAUGAUCUUUCAAAAGAGCACUAUGUAAGUCUCUUUAAAAAAUAAUACCAAAGAGAUUUUUAUCUUAAUACAAAAUGAAUAACAUUUGGUUAGAUUUUUCUUUUUUCAGUGCAACUGUCUCAGUUGCUGCAGAACAAAUUCAGAGUGCUGAUGCUGAAAUGAAGGUCGUUCUGACUGAACAAGUGUGGAAGAAAUGCCAGCAUCUUACAAAUAAAGACAAACAGAAACAUUAAGCAGAGAAAGACCAUGUUUAACAGGAUGGCAUUUACCCUGAUACCAAGCUGACUUUAAUUCAGUUUUUGGUCAUAUUCAACGUAUUAACUGCCAACUUCUCCAUUUCCUUACAACUUCUAAUUUGUCUGUUAUUUUCGGUUAGCUUUUCACAACCAGUGUUUUGGUAAGGCCUGUUUUGUAAUCUGACUUAUUACCAAAGAAGUAAUUGAAUAAGGGUUAGGUUUAGGGCAAUCAAAUAUGGCAACCAGAAAGACUUUGAGCUGAAUGUUUCUCAAUUUCUACAACUGUCACCGUAGAAAGAGCCUUGAGUAGAAAGAACCUGUUUCAACUGUCACAGUAAGAAAGUCCCUCGUUGAUGUCUAAAUGCCUGUAAGGGCACACACACACACACACACACACACACACACACACACAC